AUGUCCAGCAAGCUCGACCAGUCGCUCGACGACAUUCUGUCGAACCAGCGCAAGACUGCUGGCAACAACCGCCGUCGCUCUGUUCGCCGUUCGACUGGCCCGGCCAAGCCGGCGCCUGCCGGUGGUGUUCAGAAGAACACCAAGCCUACUCGUGGCAACAACAAGUCUACCCCUUCCAAGCCGCAGGGCGCUGUCGGGGAGAGCAAGAUUGUGGUCAGCAACCUGCCCAAGGAUGUGUCUGAGGCCCAGAUCAAGGUAUGUUUCCGCUGA